AUGUCCGGGGCAUUAAGUCUGCUCGCAGAGCUCGACAAGGAGACCAAUAAAGCUCCAAGUCGAAAGAACAGUCAAGCAAAACCAAGGACGAGCAGAUCAACAGCAAAUUCGCGAUCAUCUUCAGUCCAAUCAAGGGGACCAUCACAAACACAACGUCCAACCUCAGCCCCGGGGCCCAGUCCAGUAAUUCCACCUCAAAAUAUAACUCCUCGACGUACUACACAAUCUACAAAUGUCACCCCUCGAACGUCAUUUGAACUUGGAACUGAAAGAUCGAGAUCCCAAGGCCCGGAUUCUCGAAGAGUUUCAUUCGCAGAGGCCCCGCGACCUCAAACGAGAACUCUAAUGAUACCCUCGAAAGAAAACAUGCCAUCGUCCGGGUUUCCGUACAACAUAAAAUUGAACAAAUAUGGUGUUUCCGAGCACGAAUGGUCACAAUUCACCAAAGAAAUAAUUGAAACUCUGCCACCGUCAAAGAGCUUUAGCUGGUUAUGGAAGCGUGGGAAAAUUACUGCGAUAAUCAAAAGAGACCUUCAAUACGAAUCGGAAUUGAAAUCAGCUUUGAGGCAAUGGAACAAAGGAUUCAGACGUAGAGGCUUCCAGGUGUAUCUGGAAAUUCCAGUCGAGAAGGAUUUGACCGAUGAUGAGGUCUCGGGAGAUACUAAAGAAGAAAAGAAGCAAGCUAAGAAGGAUGCCAAGAAAUUCCGAUUCAUAAUAGGUGCUGGGAAUUCUUCUUCCUCUUCCGUUUACUCGAGGACGAGUUUGGCGGAAAGCGUUAGUAGAGAAGAUAAGGCUAAACCCGCCCCGAUUUCGCGAGAGGAAGAGGACCAACUAAAUCAAAAGUUUCCACAAGCUCAGACAAAUGGCACUGGGACUGCAACCAGUACGACAGAAGGUGGGCAUGACGAGGAUGAAUCUUCAAUUGAAAAGGCUCCAAUUCUUUCACCGUCAACAGACACUGUAGACCAUGCUCCCGGCUCCACUCAAGGUAUUGGACCAACAGAACGGCGAGAUUUGUACACCGAAAUUUGUAUAUUAGAUGAGAAUUUAACCAUUACCAGCGGCGGCUUUAUGGGUCUUCUCUUACUGUGGCCUCUUAUCCCUAGAAUUGCAUUACCAACAUUUGUGAUGGAAUUGGCGUUAUCAAAUAUUAAGAGAACUUCAACCUCAAAUUGCUUAAAUACUGCAUCGUCACGGAAUUGUUGGAAUGGUAACUAUUCGAUUGAUACAGAUUCGGAGGAGGCAUGGCCAGAUACUGGGGUUGUUGUUGCUUACACUCUUACCAUAACAAAUCAGACUAUGUCACCCGACGGUACACCAAGAUGGAUGUUAGUAGUCAACGGCACUUACCCAGGUCCUACCAUUACUGCAAAUUGGGGUGAUACACUAGAAAUUACUGUUGCCAAUCAAAUAAUCACAGACGGUGUAAGCAUUCACUGGCACGGAAUUGUUCAGAAGAAUACCAAUACCAUGGAUGGUGUAAAUGGAAUAACAGAAUGUCCAAUUCCACCUGGUUCAUCUAAAAUCUACAAAUUUCUCGCAACCCAGCAUGGUACCUCUUGGUAUCACUCCCACCAUGCAGCCCAAUAUGGUGACGGAGUUCUUGGAAGUAUUGUCAUUAACGGUCCUGCUUCGCUGAAUUAUGACCAUGAUCUCGGUCCACUACCAAUUACUGAUUUCUACUAUAAGUCUACCUAUGAAGAAGGCCUUCUCUCUGUUAGUAAAGGUCCUCCAAAAGCAGACAAUGGCCUCAUAAACGGAACCAAUCGAAACCCUCACAAAACCGCUGGAGUGUACAAUCAAGCAUCAGGACUAGUUCCAGGAGCAAAAUACCGUUUACGAAUCAUCAACACGAGUAUAGACAAUCAUUUUCAAGUCACUUUAGACUCUCACUCUUUUCAAGUGAUUCAAACCGAUUUCGUACCGAUUCAGCCCUACACUACCAACACCGUCUUCAUAGCAAUUGGUCAACGAUAUGAUGUUAUCAUCACAGCUGAUCAAACGCCUUCCAAUUACUGGUUCAGAGCCAUUGUUCCCAAACCUCCGACACAAAAGGGGUUUGGCUGUGGUCAAAAUGCUAAUAAUGGGUCUAUCAAUGCCAUUUUCUCCUAUCAGGGUGUCGAAUUAUCGGAGCCAACUUCCAAUUCCUUUCUUAUACCCCAAAGCUGUGAAGACGAGACUCAACUAGUCUCCUGGCAUGAGAAAGCCGUGCCCGAAAAUGAAUUCGUGUGGCCUACCGCCCAAGAAUUAGUUGUUACUGGCCCAGGAAGUAGUUCGCUUCCAAAAGCACCCGCACCAUAUAUCUGGAGUAUCAACGAUACAUACAUGGAAAUUGAGUGGGAUAAGCCCACGCUCCAAUAUGUUACCCAGGGAAACAAAAAUUACAAUGUACAUCAAAGUAUCAUUGAACUUCCGGAUGCAAAUGUAUGGACAUUCUGGAUCAUCAAAAAUGCCGCGGCGGUACCACAUCCUAUUCAUCUUCAUGGUCACGACUUUUACAUAUUAGGACAAGAGAACAGUGUCAAUUUCACAGAUAAAUCUACUUUAAACUUUGCUAAUCCUGCUCGGCGUGAUGUAGCCAUGCUUCCAGCUCUCGGGUAUUUAGUUAUUGCCUUUGUUACGGAUAAUCCUGGGGCUUGGUUGUUACAUUGUCAUAUCGCGUUCCAUGUCGGGGAGGGGCUUGCACUUCAAUUCCUAGAACGAGAAUCAGAAAUUGCGCAAAGAGUAGAUCUUUCCGCUGUAGAUGCGGAAUGCAAGACAUGGGAUGCAUGGUAUAAUACCGAGCGGGUUGAUAAUGCUUGGAACACGGAAUUUGAUUCGGGUGUCUAA